CACAAAUAUGAAAAUGAAUACAGCUGAUGCGACUAUGGCGCGUAAUUAUACAUCUAACAAGAAUUUGAAACGUGGACAUCUGGUAGGACAGCCAUUCUCUGUGAAACAAGUUAUUUGGCUCGCCGCCGACAUCACAUGGAUGGUGUUGAUAACAGUUACAAUCGUCAUUUUGUUGAGCUCAAUACCAAAACUUCGUGAAUUCUUAAUGAAACCUGAAUUUGUGAAAUAUUUUUUUUUGUAA